CUUGCCGUGCGCACCUUUAUGGGUUUUGUCAUAAGUGUUUCCAAAUAAAUCGAAUAAUAUAAAUUUACCUGGUGGAUGACCCAAACAAAUGCUGAUUUUCUCAGCAUCAGCAAAACAAAUCGAAGACGUAACACAUUGUUUCGCUCGCGUAGUCCAGAGAAUUGCCCUGUCCGAGCAACCGAGCGAGAUUGGUUCCUUUUUGUGUUUCACAAAAUAGCAAGACGCUUUGAAGGGGGUAUACUUGUAAAGCAUCAGAAGUAACUCGACCUGUGGACAGAAAGCAAUGCUGUUGUCAACGUCAUUUGCACGUUGGCAGUUAAUGAUGACGUUUUGAGCGUUGCCCACAUCGCCAUCAUUUCCGCCACCUUGUGAUUAAUAGCUGAGUUUUUGGACCUAAGUUUUAAAUUGGAAAGAUUUGCUCAGUAAUAGUGAGUCGCUGCCACAAGAAUGCACUUCAACGAAACUGAGGUAGAAGCCCUGGCCAACAAUCCGAAAACCAGAUUUGACAAGGAAGGUCACCUCCUCAUAAGGGAGCGCCAGUCGCGCCAGAGGCAAUUUUUUGGAGACAAUUAUGUGACAAAUCUUCGUUGGUGCAAACUGCGUGGAAAUCUUCUUUUCUAUUUAAAAGAAGCUGAUUGCAAUUCGCCCGUCGGUGGCCUUAUUGUGCUGGAGAACUGCAGUCCUAUAAUAUUGAGAAAGGAACCCGAUCCCGAUAUUGGCUAUGAAAUCGUCCUUAAUUUCCAAGGUUGCGAACCGUUGCGCAUUGGAGCCAAAAACGCGGAGGAACGUGAAGACUGGAUACGGCGCAUAGAGAAUUCUUCCUACAAAUCACUGAAUAGCCAAAUAAUUGCUUUGGAGAAUCAAAUAGCUGCGGCAUCGGCCAGUAAGGUGCAACAUCGCAAAAACAUGGGUAAUAUCAUUGAAGUGGGCACUCCACUGGAUCUUCUAGGUGCUGAUGAUGCACUCUUGCUGAAUGCAGCGCCACCGUUGACCUCAGGACCUGCUAUGUCCAAAUGGCUUGAAGACGAGCAACUGCCACCAUUGCCGCCAAAACAAAAGUCCAAGGAUCAGCAGCGGCAGAUGCCUUUUAAUGAAGACCUGUCGGAACUGCCCAUUUGCGAAACGGCGCUCUCCUGUGAUAAUCUGCCGCUUGAUUUGCAGAAUCGCGCGCCAAAUGCCCGCAUUAUUUGCUCGGUGCUACACCCGGACCAGGGGUACAUAUGGCGGCCACACGCACGUACCGAGAUAAUUGAACGAUCGUGCUCUCCGCAGUUUCUUUGCACUAUGCGCUUCCGUCGAACCGCCGGAUUUACGGCCCAGACGCGUUUACGAUUCACUGUCUACGAUGUGCGCGAACGUCUAUCGGCCACAUCACUGCCUAUCGGCUCUGCCACGAUGACGCUGGGAGUUUUUCAGGAUGCUACGCGCUUUCGUAUACCCUUACGGUCAACACGUGGCGAGUGUGGUUUUCUUACGCUAGCCUCGUGGGCGCCGGAUUGCCUGGGGAGUGGCACCUGUAGUAACGAUGCAGCGACAUCAGUUGUAACAGCAGCGGCGGCUCCACCCCGCUCCAUAACGCAGGUGUUCGAACACGGAAGCACUCGAGAUCGAGCUGGACAUCGACGCUCCCAUUCGCUGCCGCCGAAACUUGGAGCUGGUUCAUGUAUUCCUCUGCAGUGCGGCUUGCAGCGGGUCUGCACCAAUCCGCGUCUUCGCACCUACCGCUUGCAAUCGACCCUGGGUGCCGACAUCAGAGUGCAAGAGACACUGAUGGAGUCACGUUUGUGCUUCAGCGUUCCACAGCAGCUGCUCUCUAUCUGGAUACAGUGCGAAAAAGAGCUACUGCAGGAGAUAUCAGGUAUGGGGGAGCUGAGCGGUGACUGGCGUUUGCGCCAAAUAACUUUGCUGGAGGAGCACUUGCGUCUGCUCAAAGACUACUCACAGGCCAAGCAGACAAUACAGCAGGUGAUGCGCGAUGGCGACGGAAUGAGCUUCAAGCGAUCCACAGACAAAAAUGACGAGUCGUUGGAGUUUCUGCCGGUAAAUUUGCAUUUGCAGCGCAUGUGGGUGCGCAAUGAUACGCUUCAGCACACUGGCGUCCUGGAUGUGGUCACUGUUGGUGCCUUUACUCGUCACGAUGGCCAAGGUCGAGGCGGACUAAUCAAACUGCUGCAGGAGAGCAAAGCUUGGAAGCUGGGCCAAGGCAAUGCCUGUAAGGUCCAGGCCGCCAAUGACGCCGUGCAGGCAGCCAAGCAACUGCGAAAGGAGAUCGUUGAGUUAAUGUCGCAGCUGCUCAAUCUGGCCAAAUGUAAGAGCGUUAAGGGCAUGAUGCCGCUCUGCAACGCCAUGAUCGAAAAAUCCAAAUCGUUACUUAAUAUCUGGGAGCCGAUUAUCGUGGAGGAGGCAGUCAAUUUCAUUGAGCAGCAUCGUAUCAUAGAGGAACCAGACAAUGUGCUAAUGGAGCCGCUUUCACCCUUCCGCGAAAUUACACAACAGCUUAAUGCGUUGGAUUUAAAGUCGCCGGAACUGGAGGACUUUGCCACACCUGUGGUGGCACCGCCCGAUCUUUGGCCCCAUACCUCCCGCAAUACAUCUACGUCAGGCUUCGUUCUAAUGCGCUCCAAUAGCUGGCAUCCAAGCCCAUCACCCUCGACAGCACUGGACAUUAAUACGAUUGAUUCUUUGCAGCAAGUCGUGCAAUGCUACAGCAAGCACUUGCGUAGCCUCAAUCCUGUUCAAGCCUCGUCUACUUGUAGGCCCAAGAAAGCUGAAGCUGGUAUCAGUAAGGCCACAUAUCAAUCUCUGCCUGUAGAUUGUCAGGAGAGUGAACCUCAGCAGCAACUGCUACUGAUCGAUCUGGACGAAAAGCCGUCAAUUCCAACCGUUGCUCCACUCCAACCACUUACAGCCGCCGAUUUCCUGGACACACAAAUUAUGACAUCAUCGCCAUCGGCCAACUACUAUCGGCCCACUGAGGAACCGGAGCCACUUGAGCUGACGCAGUUGAACAUUAAGGCAAGUGUCAUGUGUCUCGUGAGCAAAAUCAAAUUCUUCUGCGGUCGCUGUGAUAGUCCAGCUAUUCGACUGCGUCAUCCAAAGCAGCAUCUAAAACGUGAAGGCUUUGCAACAUCACCACAGCAUCAGAAACAACAGAAGCCACCAGAUGUGGUAACAACUCCUCAAACGCAGCAAUUGACCCUGGACCUCACACCUUCUCAGCCGCAAUAUCCGGUACCUAAUAAAAUGGUCAACAAGUUCACCGAUGGCCUUGAUCUCUCUCUGACUACAGACUGGGCGUCCGAGUUACGGCCAUCGAUGCGUAAGCUACGUCAUGCUAUGGAUCGACUACUCAAGACGACACGUCUGAUGCACUCCGUGCAGCGCCUGCAGCAGGACAUGCGCAGCAAUAGUGUGCAUGCGGAUAUCAUGUAUCGACGCGAUGUGUGCUUCUCCCAAGCGCUCACGGCGCUGGUCAGCGCACUGAUGGUUAAGUUCUGGGCCACCGAGCUGAAUGCGAACUAUUUUCAUUUGCUGCGCGAUCUCGGUCCGCUGGCAUAUUUCGAAGGCCUGCUCUCGCUCCACGGUGGAGAGGCGGACAUGUGGAGCGAUAUGUGCGUGGCCAUUGAGGACUUGUCUUCUGUAAAUUUCACUCUAAUACGCGCCCAGCUGUCCAGCGAUACCAGCGUGCCAAUGCCCCGCAUUACAGGCUCACGUCAAUCGCUGGAAGUCCUGCUGCCAGUGCCAGAGCAUCUAUAUAACAUCGGAUUGCUAUCUACCACUCAGCCGCCACUUACUUUCAAAAUCACACCCGUUUUCUUCAACAUAGGCAUUGAUGCUAAGGCGACGGUGGCCGAAACAUUAGGUCAAACGCGUGGUCAGCAUCGUUCAAACUGGGAUAACUUUCUACGACUGAACGAGUACUUCAUACGCUACAGCAAGUUGCCGUUUCAGGCGCCAGAUACGCCCAGCAAGCUCGAAACGGCCGCUGUCACGCCCAAGUCGCGCCAAACGCUUCAGACCUUGCUCAAUGCUAUGAAAACCCACGUGUGCGCCAAGGUGUCCAAGAAUGUGAAGGUGUUGCAUCUGGCCGAGGAUGUGUGCCGCCAGUUAUGUGGCAUGCGCUUUACCUCCUGCAAAAGCGCCAAGGACAGAACGGGCAUGGCUGUGACUCUAGAGCAGGGACGCGUGUUAAAGCGCGAGUUUCAGUUGCCGCUGGAGCAUGUGCCCCAUGUAGUCAACACAAUGCGCAGUGAAGGGACGCGUAUGGAUAAUGUGGAAAAGAACAUUGGGAAGCGUAAAUAUGCGUUUAAUGUGCUUCAGGUGAGGGCACUUCCGGACAUUUAUAGACCUCCAUUGGGAACCUAUGGAAAGGCAGAGACCUAAGGCAUGGAAAAGAAAGAGAAAACUAUAGAAAAGGUCCGCAUGUACUCAUGCUAGACAGUCUGCUCGUAGACGUUGCGAAAUUUAAAAUAAGAAAUCAACAUACUACCUAACAAUCGUUAUACAUGUAUGUAGACCACAACAGAGCAAAGAAGUACGCCAUUGGCCACCGACAUUGUGAACAUCCUCUACACACAUGUGUGCAAUGUACUGGUCGCAAUUGGACUUUUUUAUUUGCUUUUAAAAUCACAAUCACAAUUCUCCCGAACCGUAUCGGUUCGCAAUUGAAAAUGAAAAAGUCUUUGAGCUUAUUCAUUGUAGUCUGGGCAAUGGGACUAAAAACAAAUAAACAACUAUCGUUUCAAUCUGUGCCAAAAACGAUUUAACCGACUUUCGCAAAAUGCAAAAAAAUAGAAAUAAUAAUUAAAAACGAACAAUACAAUGUGAGAGGUGUUACAACACAUUGUUCAUACAAUGUCAGCUAGAAUAACAUCUGAAUCAAAAUAAACCAGAAGCCGUGUUAGCUCGACAGUGCUGUACUGUCAUUCUAGCAUUAAAGUGUUUGAAUAAUUA